CACAUAUACCUAGUCACUAACAAUGUUGUUAAUUUUGUGCGACUUCUAUACGAAAAAUAUACAUAAUUAGCAGAUUCGAUCUGUAGACAAAAUUUAUAAUUUCAGAGAUAUUAAUCACAUAUAAGAAGAAUUAACAAUGGAGGAACAAAGGAGCGACAAAAUCUACGGAGGAUGUGAAGGUCCUGAUGCCAUGUAUGUUAAGUUAAUAUCAUCAGACGGGCAGGAAUUUAUUGUUAAACGGGAACAUGCUCUGACCUCUGGCACCAUAAAAGCAAUGCUUUCGGGUCCUGGACAGUUUGCAGAAAACGAAGCAAAUGAAGUGCACUUUAGAGAAAUUCCAUCUCACGUUCUUCAAAAGGUUUGCAUGUACUUCACAUAUAAAGUACGAUAUACCAAUAGUUCCACCGAAAUUCCUGAGUUCCCCAUUGCUCCUGAAAUUGCGCUGGAGUUGUUAAUGGCAGCUAAUUUCUUAGAUUGUUGAACAAUUAAUUCGAAAUACGUUUAAAUAUUUUUAUAAUUAACUUCUUAUGUGUGAAAAAAUUGAGGAAAUACAUACAUUUUGUCUGAGAAGAAA